ACAAAUGCGUAGUGCCUCUUCCACUCUCGCAUAGCAUUCAGCAGUUGCCCCCGGAGCACACAACGUACUAGCUAGCUUCUACUGGCUAAGCUAAGCUAGCGGACGACAUUGCUGCUAAGCUUUAGGCACCGGCGGCAACCUGGUAGUAGCAACAGUAGUCAGAUAUUACCGAAAGAGGAUCCUUCGGAGAGUAAGUAAGUGAUCGAAAGAGAGAUGCCGAUGAUCGAGACGACGACGACAGGCGGCGAUGUGCCGCCGGUGCCGGAGGCGGCGGCGAGCCUCCCGGGGCACGGGCGGACGGUGUGCGUCACCGGCGCCGGGGGCUUCAUCGCGUCGUGGCUCGUCAAGCGCCUCCUCCAGAAGGGAUACACCGUGCGCGGCACCGUCCGCAACCCUGUUGAUCCGAAGAACGACCACCUGAGAGCCUUGGAGGGCGCGGCGGAGCGGCUCGUGCUCGUCCGUGCCGACCUCCUCGACCCGGAGAGCCUCGUCGCCGCCUUCCAGGGCUGCGAGGGCGUCUUCCACGCCGCUUCCCCCGUCACCGACGACCCCGAGAAGAUGAUCGAGCCGGCCAUCCGUGGCACUCGGUACGUGCUGUCGGCGGCGGCCGACAUGGGCAUCAAGCGCGUGGUCUUCACAUCCACCAUCGGCACCGUGUACAUGAACCCCUACAGAGACGCCGACAAGCCCGUCGACGACACUUGCUGGAGCGACCUCGACUACUGCAAGAAGACCGCGAACUGGUACUGCUACGCGAAGACGGUGGCGGAGCAGGCGGCGUGGGAGCUGGCGGAGCAGCGCGGGGUGUCGCUGCUGGUGGUGAACCCGGUGCUGGUGCUGGGCCCGCUUCUGCAGCCCACGGUGAACGCGAGCGCGGAGCACGUCAUGAAGUACCUGACGGGCUCCGCCAAGACGUACGCCAACGCGGCCCAGGCCUACGUGCACGUCCGGGACGUCGCCGAGGCCCACGUCCGCGUCUACGAGCGGCCCACGGCCCGCGGCCGCUACAUCUGCGCCGAGGGCACCACGCUCCACAGAGGGGAGCUCUGCCGCGUCCUCGCCAAGCUCUUUCCCGAGUACCCCGUGCCCACGGAAUGCAAGGACCGAGUGAACCCGCCCGUGAAAGGGUACAGGUUCACGAACCAGAGGCUCAAGGAUUUGGGGAUGGAGUUCGUGCCCGUGCUGCAGAGCAUCUACGAGACCGUCCGGAGCCUGCAGGAGAAAGGGUUGCUGCCCGUGCUCCCCACCACCACCAACAACAACGACAACAACCUGCUGCUCUCAUGAGCUCAUUCAGCUGGAAGCUUAGAGCUGCCACGGCCAGUUGUUGCUUGCUACUACUACCUAAUUAUUGGAUUAAUAUGAUAUGCAUGGAUGGUGAUCAUCAUCUGGCUGCAGGAUAAUGAUGUUAAUUACGUGACCGGUUUUUCUAUUGUGUAUGUGUACGCGCAUGCAUGCGUGCAUGCGUGUGCGCGGGUGGGUUGGUGAAGUGCUUGUAUGACGCACAUACAAACAAAUGCUACAUGCACUGGUGUAUAAUGCAAAUUAUCCAUGGGUUGGUCCCAGAUAUAUAUGAGCCGAGAGCACUGUGUACAUCUUUA